AUGUCUGAUGGAUUGGGCUACAGCAAUGACAUUAAUGAAAACCUUACUAGAUUGAAUUUACUGAAUACUGUUAAUAGAAAAUCAAAGCCGAUACCAUCUAUUAUUGAUACAUCUAAGCCCAACUCUAAGAAUCUAAAGGGCGGUACUAAUGUCAAUUGCAAUACAAACAAAGUGGAUACCACACUUAAGCGCAAAAGUAGCAUUUCUACUGAGGAUCUUCAUUCAUCAAAUUCAUCCAGCUCAAGCAUUAAUGGUACCAUUUCUUGCAACUCAUCAAGUUAUGAACUAGAUACUAAAUAUAACACACCCAUCAACUCUUUAUACCUGUGGUCAGACGAACGAAGGCCACCAAGAUGGCCCAGAGGUUUCAAAUUGAGUGAUAAAAUUUCACAAUUUUUAAAAUUUAAUAUCGCUGAGAAGAGCGAAUUCAGGGAGAUAGAACCAAACACUCUUACAAUUUGUUCACAAUAUACACUUGAGAAUCAUGAAUCGAUGGUCUCAGAUUCAGAUAGAGUGCAUUAUUACAGAAUGGCGCUAUUCUGGACGGGACAUCAAGAGUAUUUUAAUGAGAAAACAAAGUAUUAUGCUACAGGAAAACGAGUUUUGGAAAUUGGCACAGGCCCUAUGUGCAUUUUGGCUAUGAAUGCAAAAAAUGCAGGUGCAAAAAGGGUGGAUGCGCUCGAAGUUAAUCUCAACGCUGCUAGAUUAGCCCACAAGUUGAUGAGUGCCUAUGGAGUUGAUGAUAUAAUUAAGGUUUACAAUGUACACUCAAAGGAUUAUUGGCCAGAAAAUCCAGAGGAUGGUUAUGAUAUGAUUGUUAGUGAAAUAAUAGGAGAUUUUGCUUCACAAGAAGGCCUAUGCGAUGUUUAUUUAGAUCUGCAGCAAAGAUUGUUUAAUGGUGAUAUAGAAAGGAUUAGAAAUAUACAUUAUAUCCCAAUGAGUGCCAGCACCUGGUUUGUACCAUGUACUUUUCCUGAUCAAGAAAAUGUUUUAUAUAAGGCACAAAAAUACAGCGAAUUAACAAUAUUUUCUCCUUCUUUCAAGAUGUUCCAGUCAGUUGAUCUCAGAAUUGACAAUUUACCCCUGUGUUCUGAGUGGCUUCCACUCGAGCAGAUAUAUUUGAAUGAGGAUUUAAGCGUACAGCAAUGCCAGCACAAAAUUAGCGUGUUCAAAAUAGAUAGGAAUAGGGGUCCUAUGUGUGGGUUUUUAGUGGGAAUUGACGUAGAGAUUAGACCUGGAGAACAUUUUGGCACGAGAUUUGGCCAUUGCGACAGCUGGUACACCAACAUUGUACUUUUAAAUUUAGAGUAUAAUUUGAAGGAGGGCGACACAGUAAUGGUAUAUUCAAUCGCUAACAUGAAAAACUAUGCUAAGACUUGUAAGGGGUUUAUGGUUACUAAACCUAGUUACACAUUUAAGGCAUACCAUGUGCGCUAUAUGAGUGACCAACUUGUUACAAGUGUUAGUAUACCAUGCAAUUGCACUGAAACAAAUGUCACUGGAAUUGAUAACAAUGAAGAUGCUACGGCUAGCGCAAAUAGAUUGGAUAAGACUGAGUCAGAUGAUGAAUAUGACUUUAUGGAUUACUUGAAUGGUGUGGAUAUAAUUAAGGAAUUAGGUAUAAUAGUGAUCGAUUACAAAGAGCAGGCAUCUACCAUCAUACAGAUAGAGACCAAGAAGAUUAAAAAAACUAAUAUUAAGCCUGAAAAACCGAAGCAAUACAAGGCAAAUGCCAGAUUAUGGUAG